GACAACCGGCCAGCCGGCGCGCCAACGAGCUCGCGACCCACGACACAGAGAAGACCCAAUAUCUGUGUGCUGCGAUCGAACGUGGACCGUUUGGGUCCGUUAAUGACGAGGAACGAGUUCUGUUGGCGUUUGCAGAGCAACAAUUGUUGGCUGUUUGUGUUGUGAAUAUUUUGUGUGGAGGCAUUUCUAGGUAAGACCAGUUCAGACAAAAAAAAGAAGAAAAGCAAAGACAGAGAGAAGGGAGAAAGCAAGAAACCUUAAAGUAAACAAAAAUAAAAGAUACAAACAAAGAAAACAAAAGUACAAUGGGUUCCACCAAAAUAUCUUGUAACCCCCCACCUCUGAUCGAUCCAACAAGGGCCACCAUUGCUUUUGGAGACAGAGCAUUGCCCAGGCUGAACCGGGAACUAAACUCCGAUGUCCUGAUCACCCGGCAACAAUCUCUGAAGGCGUUGUCCAGUAUUCUUCACGACCCAGAGUACAUUGCCGGCUCUCUUAAGAAUGGAAUUGUCCAUUCUUUGAAGACGUUACUGACUGAUGAGGAUGUAACUGUCAGACAGUUGUGUGUUGAGUGUCUCUUCAUCAUAGCCUCCUAUGCCAUCGGAAGGACUGCACUUAUUGAACUCGACAUGAUCAACUCUGUAGCGAAACUGUUUGACGACCCCGAUGUUGUAGUCCGACUGAAGGCUCACAAAACUGUUGAGAUGGUAGCAGAAAGCCCCUUUGGAGCUCAGGCUGUGCUGGAUGAUAAACUGGUCCAAACGUUAGUGGAGAAACUUGCUAAAGAAGAAACAGAAAUUGUGCUGUACAUUCUAGACACCCUUCAUUUCUGCAUGAUGGUAGAUACUGUCGAUGCCCUGUCUGCUGGCGCCAUGCUUACCUUUCGAAAUCUUCUGAAGAAACCGAAUGUCUCCAUCUGUGCCAAGGCAGCCAUUUGCGUUCUUGAUCUCAGCGUUCCAUUGGCAGGAAAAGAGAGGGCGGUGGAGGAUGAUGUUGUCGAGCCCCUUACAAGACUGCUGCUGCACAAAAGUGAUGAAGUGAGGGCCAAGGCGGCUGGGGCUUUAACAAUGAUUGCCAUCACAACUCCUGGCAAAUUCAAAGCCCUACAUGCUCUGGAUACCCUUGUCUUUCUCACCAAAGACCAGAACAGUGAAGUAAGGACCAACGCAUUGAAGGCGUUGACUUGUCUGAGUGAGGCUCCAAGAGGCAGGAAAAUUUUGCUGAAUCACGUGGAAAAGAUUCAAGUGUUGACCUCUGACCCUGUCCCGGCUGUUGCCAAGGCUGCAUCUAUAGCAUUACAGGUCAUUUGCUGGAAGCCGUAACCAAUGGAUACAUACUUGAUACACACACACCACACACACCCGCACAUGAUCCCUUCAUCUGCUGCGGUCCUUGCUUCACUGAGCCCUAAUUCUCAAACAUAAAAUUAUAUCUUUCUUCAAAA